UUGAAGCGAGGGUCGCACGUUAUCGGGGAAAGCUGCGGAAGCGCGCGGUACACGGGCGCUUUUCAGGUCUGGUGGGGUUCCAGGACUGAACCUGGUCUUGGUCUCCCCCCCCCCCCAGGGAUGGACUGCGUGUGGCGUUCGUGGGACGGGAACGACUUCAAAGAGAAACAGCCUCAGCCGCCGCCGUGUCCCGAGAGUAUCGUGGUCUCCUGGCUGAGCCGGGCUGAAUGGGAUCAAGUGACGGUUUAUCUGUUCUGCGAUGAUCAGAAAUUGCAGCAGUACGCGCUGAACCGUAUUACGGUGUGGCGGAGCAGGUUAGGCAACGACCUGCCCCUGGCAGUGGCUUCUACUGCUGACCUGGUACGCUGUAAGCUCAUGGAUGUAGCUGGUGGCUUGGGCACCGAUGAACUUAGACUGCUCUAUGGCAUGGCGUUGGUCAGGUUUGUGAAUCUUAUCUCAGAGAGGAAGACCAAAUGUUCUAACCUCCCCCUCAAGUACCUGGCUCAGGAGGUGAACAUUCCAGACUGGAUUGUUGAACUUCGCCACAAGUUGACCCACAAGAAAAUGCCCCAUAUAAAUGACUGCCGCAGAGGUUGCUACUUUGUCCUGAAUUGGCUCCAGAAGACGUACUGGAGCCGUCAACUGGAGGAUACCCUGAAAGAGACCUGGGAGUUGGAAGACGACCAGAUAGAGCCAGAAGAACACCAAGAAGCGGAAGGUGAAACUAUUGUUGAUGUUGUAGUAGAAGCAGAAGUAGAAGCAGAACCAGAGCCUCAGGAGGAUGACAAAGAUGAAGAGCUGCCUGUUGAGGACAAUGUGAACGAUAAAGACAAGAAAGAGGCAGAUUCUCCUCCAGAACCCAGUCCAAGAUAUAAAGAGCUGUAUGAAAAAGCACGGGAAUUGCUGGUAUCAUAUGAAGAGGAGCAGUUUAAGGUGCUGGAGAAAUACAGGCAUUUACCUCAGGCUGUUAAGGUGUGGAACAACCUUUCUCCGUGUGUACAGUGUAUCCUGGAAGAACUCAAAAGCAUUACAUGGGAGAACAGGGAUGCUGUGCUGGAUGCUUUUCUGGACGAAGGCUUUCUUAUCCCCACUUUUGAGCAAUUGGCAGCUUUGCAGAUAGAGUAUGAAGAUGGUCAGACUGAGGUCCAGAAAGGGGAAGUUACUGAACCAAAUUCACACAAAAACAUCAACUUGAGUGACGUCUUGGUGCCAAAGCCAUUCUCUCAGUUCUGGCAGCCACUGCUCAGGGGCCUGCACUCCCAGACCUUCACACAGGCCCUGCUGGAGAGGAUGUUCUUUGAGUUGUCUACCUUGGGGAGCACUGGGAUCCGGUCUACCUACAUCCUUAGAUGGACUGUUGAACUGAUCGUGGCCAACACCAAGAUUGGACGGAAUGCCCGGAAGUUUUCUGCAAGCCAGUGGGAAGCAAGAAAGAGCUGGAGGCUGUUCAACUGUUCUGCCUCCCUUGAUUGGCCCCAGGUGGUCGAGUCCUGCUUGGGCUCACCUUGCUGGGCCAGUCCCCAACUCCUUCAGCUUGCCUGCAGAGUGGAAGCUGCUGGUCUUGGAGAAGUCUGGACCACAGAGAUCUUCUCCCAACCCAAGCAUAUCAGAGGGAUGCGACACAUGCCAGCAGUAACAGCGGCUCACCUGGGCUGGGCUGUAGCUGCUCCCAUAAGGAAUCACACAUUGUGUUCCAUGCAGAAGAAACCCAGCACACUCCCACCUCCAUCCCUCCGUUUGCUUAGAGUCUUCAACGCCAUGGGACAGGUCUUGCCAGAUGGGGAGCAGGAGAAGCUGCUGCGUGUCUGUUCCAUUUAUACUCAGAAUGGAGAGAAUGGUGUGGCAAAGACAAGUGUAGGUUCCUCUUCCACUGGGAAAGGUCCAUACACAUUGGAUACCUUACAUCAGGACCCAAAACCAUCUGGUGCCAAUUGUGAGUCUGAAGAAAAUACUCAACAGAAGGAGCAAGGCAGCCUUAAGGAUGCCAAGCAAGGGGAGGAAAAGGAGAAUGAGGAGGAGGAGGAGGAGCAGGAGAAUGAGGUGGAGCAGGAUGAGGAUGAGGAACAGGAACAAAAGGUCUUUCAAGAUCAGAUGGAGGAAGAUGUAGAGGAAAGUUAUGACUUGAUAGAGGAAGAAGAGGAAGUGGAUGAGGAUGAAGACGACGACGAUGAUGAUGAUGACGAAGACGAUGAUGACGAUGAAGACAGAAUGGAGAUGGGGGCUUUCUCUCUCAUGAAGGAAUCCUACGAUUUUGAGAAUACUAGGGUCAUGUCCUGGAAAAGGGAAGCUUUGCAGGGUUCAGCAUGGCAAGUAAGCUCUGAAGAUGUGCGAUGGGGUGCAUUCCCUAUAGGCCGAAUGCCAGGUCAGACUGACGACCCAACAGAACUUUUGUUGGAUAAUUAUGACACCAUGUAUCUUUUGGACCAACCUGUACUCGAGCAGCGGCUAGAAGCCCCAAAGUCCAGGAGUAGUUUGAGCCUAAGUUGUUGUGGAGGCAGUAACAACUCUAGCAGUAGCAGCAGCAGCAGUAGCAGCAGCAGCGGCGGCAACUUGGAGGGCCUUCUCUGGAACCAGGGACAACUGCAUGGGCUCAAAGCUGGCCUGCAGCUCUUCUGAUGACUGUCCUGAUGCAAGUGGCCUUGAAGCCCCGCUAUAUUUCACAGCCCGAGUCCAUCCAUGGUACAGACUGAACAACUGGGAAUAGUUCAGAUCAGCUGUAUCAAUUUAGCUUUCCACCGCAAUAGAAAUUUGAAUAUUUUCCCAGAUUUUCUGUUUUGUUUUGAAAAAUAAUAAACAGAUUUUUUGUCA